AUGAAGGUGCCACAGAUUUGCUCUUAUUUGCUAAGCAUUGCCCCCUUAGUAGUAGCACAUGGACUACAUCAUAAUAAAGAUUAUGGCCUUGAGGCAAAACACGAGUUCAAGCAAAAUUCUGUGGUUUUGAAGCAAGAAUCUAUCUUUUACUCUCUAGUUUGCCUUCUGCAAGACCACGUAUUUGUCAUGGGGCCGCGUUAUAACGCCAUUGUGGCCAUCCUGAUCAUUCAGUUUAUGCCUUGUCUUUUUGUACUACUGGUUCCCGGGCUGCGCAGGAACGAUCCUUCCAGCUUGACACUGUCUUUACUAGUUUCGUUUUCCCUGGGGACACUGCUGGGUGAUAUUUUAUUACACGUGGUACCUGAAAGUCUCAGCGGUGUAAGUGAUCCCACAGUGGUCGGAGCAGCCAUAUUUCUAGGGUUUAUAAGCUUUUUGGCCCUGGAUAAAACGAUGCGGAUCUUAUCAGGGACGUCCAGCGAUGACGGGGGCAUACAUUCUCACUCUCAUAGCCACACCCCCCAACACCAAGAAGCAGAGAAGAAAAUGGGCUUUAACAUGUCUGCGUAUUUGAAUGUCAUAUCGGGGAUCGCCCACCACAUCACGGAUGGCAUAGCGCUGGCGGCGUCAUUCUACGGCUCUACACAAGUUGGCAUAAUGACCAGCAUAGCUGUCACUUUCCAUGAGAUUCCUCAUGAGCUGGGUGACUUUGCCAUUCUGCUUUCCAGUGGAUUUACCUACCCACAAGCCAUUAGAGCCCAAGCGGUGACAGCUUUCGGUGCCGUUGUUGGAACAGCCAUUGGCUGCUGGAUCAACGAAAUCGGGAACGCCAGCAAUAAAGGAACGUCUUCAUCUGCUGGUGCAUCCGAACUUAUGCUGCCGUUCACGGCGGGUGGCCUCAUCUACAUUGCCACUACUAGCGUUGUACCGCAGAUCUUACAUAGUUCCGCGCCUCAUGGCAAGCUCCAAGAGUUUAAGAAGUGGACCUUGCAGUUGGUCUCCAUUUUCGUAGGAUUUGCUGUUAUGGCACUCAUGGAUGAGCAUUGA